AUGGCGGACAGCGAGCCCAAUGCCGUGCAAGUCUCCAAGACAGAGCAUGGCAUCACCACCAUCACGAUUAACCGCCACCACCGGCGCAAUGCCAUUGACGGACCCACGGCCAGGAAGCUGACCGACGCAUUCCUCACGUUCGAGCAGGACCCGUCGCAAAAGGUGUGCGUCUUCUACGGCGCGCACGGCACGUUCUGCGCGGGCUUUGACCUGCACGAGGUGGCCAAGUUCCGGCCGGGCAGCGACGCAGCACCCGGUGAAACAUACAACGGCCCCAUCAUCGACGCUCGCCAUGGCGUACAGGGCCGCAACAUCGGCCCCAUCGGCCCGUCGCGCAUGCAAGUCUCCAAGCCCGUCAUCUGUGCGGUGGCCGGCCACGCCGUCGCGGGGGGUCUCGAGCUCGCGCUGCUGGGGGACAUGCGCGUCGCCGAGUCGGACGCCGUGUUCGGGGUGUUUUGCCGGCGCUUCGGCGUACCGCUCAUCGACGGCGGGACGGUGCGGCUGCAGGCCGUCGUGGGGCUGGGCCGCGCGCUCGACAUGAUCCUGACGGGGAGGCCCGUGUCGGCGCAGGAGGCGCUGCAGAUGGGGCUGGCGAACCGCGUCGUGCCGAGGGGGGAGGCGCUGCGCGAGGCGACGAGGAUCGCGGAGGGCCUGCUGGCGUUUCCGCAGGGGUGCAUGAACGUGGACAGGGCGAGCUGCUAUUACGCGGCGUACGAGGCGCGGUCGUUUGAGGACGCGAUGAGGCACGAGUUUGAGGAGGGCGCCAAGGUCAUCACUACGGAGAGCGUGCAGGGUGCGGCGAGGUUUGCGUCGGGCGCGGGACGCCACGGGCAGUUUGAGAAGCACGACUCUACGUUGGAGCCAGGGGUGAUACUCGGAAGUCCGUAG